GUGUCCCUCGGACACAGCGGAUCACCAAUCCAUGGAAAGAGCCAAAGAUGUCAGCUCAGUCAUGUGAUCAGCUGUGUCCAAUCACAGCUGAUCACAUGGGACAUGUACACUGAUCAUCAGAGCACUGAUGAUCAGUGUGCCCUGAUGAUCAGUGUAGCCCCAGCAGUGCCACCUGCCAGUGCCCAUCAGUGCCACAUCAAUGCCACAUUUCAGUGCCUACCAGUGCACAUCAAUGCCACAUAUCAGUGCCCAUCUGAGCUGCCUUUCAGUGUCACCCAUCAGUGCCAGUCAGUGCCACCUAUCAAUGCCAAUCAGUGCCACCUAUCAGUGCUGCCAAUCAGUGCCACCUAUCAGUGCCAGUCAGUACCGCCUAUCAGUGCCAGUCAGUGCCGCCUAUCAGUGUGCAUCAGUGUCGCCUAUCAGUGCCUAUCAGUG